CAAAUGUUUCUUUUAUAAGUAAUUUUGUGGGGGAAGUAUUUAGUUUUAUUUAGUCAUCCCAUUUCCUUUUAAAUAUACCCAUAAGAGUGUAUUAAGGGAGUCCUGACCAUUCCGGUAUGAACCAACUUUAAUUAUAAGAAAAUACUGGUACUCUGUCAAGCCAUUUCAAGAAAAUGGGCAUAAACAAAUAAAACAGAAUUUAAAACAUUUAAAUAUUGAAAGCUAUUGAGGGCAAAGACACUGACUGAUUGAUUACUUACUGAAGACGGGGUUUGCAUAAUUAUAUGUGGUUAUGUGCAUUCCCGCACGCGAAAUGGGGAUACGUUAACUGAUAACUCAUAACUUACCAACAAAAUAACACUGGCAGGCAAGCACUUAAGUUGAUUCACGAUGUACCAACUCGUUAGAACUAAACUUAUGACGUGUUAGAACGAUUCGCACUACCAGAGGAAUCACUUAAAGCUAAAAUAACAUUAAUUGAUAAAGAUCUUCCCGUUUUGUCUUCUGAAGACUGGAAGAUAAUCUGGGAAUUGAUACAAUUCCUCAAACCAUUCCAGUCAGUUACAAAAACAAUGAGUGGAGAAAAGUAUGCCACAGCAUCUCUAAUCAUCCCACUUGCAAUUGGCCUGAAGAAUGUUUGCAACAUUCUGCUGAAAAAAUCAUUUUGCAAGGAGGUGCAGCAAGUGAUACAGUGCUACCUUAGAUCAAUACAAGAACGGUUUGGAAGCCUGGGACAAAGCACAACACUGAUGGUCUGCACAUUUAUUGAUCCUCGCUUUAAGAUGUUGGCAUUCUCUGAUAAACAAAUUUCAGAAAAUGCCAAGCAGAAAGUGAUUGCACUGGUUACAUCAAAAGUCAACCAUAAUGUUGACACCACACCACAUUCAGCAACGGUCACUACAGAUGCAGAUGAAUUGUGCGUGUGGAAUUAUAUUGACAUAUCAGCUACAAGAAAUCCACCAAGAAUAGGUAGAGCAACAUGAAGAGACAUUGUAGAGGUAAAUCGUUACCUUGAAGAAGCAUUUCUUCCAAGGAACGAAGAUCCUUUGCAAUGGUGGAAAGCGCAUCAGUUCAGUUAUCCACACCUCAGCAUGGAUGUCCGUGAAAUAUUUUGUGCAUUAGGCAGCUCGGUGACUUCUGUAAGAGUUUUUUCAAAAGCAGGGAUGCUGAUUACUGAGCGUCGGAAUAGAUUGAGCAAUAACAAAGCAAAUACGUUUGUGUUAUUGAAUUGUAACCUGGGGAAUGUUAGUUAAUUCUGUUAUUUUCUUGCACGCACAGUCAUUAACACACACA